CACCAGUUGGGGCGGGGCCGGCGCGGAGGUGUUUCCUGGGUGGGGACGGUGACCCGGUGCCUAUAGGUGUCCCUGGGACUCACCGGGCAUCUAUCUAGGGCCAGUUACGCUCUGAGCGGUGCAGACACAGCUGCCCAGGUCCGACCUUCCAGCGCGACCCCGCCACGUUCCUCCCGCCACCAGCCACCCUGCGCACAGCAGCCCGGCCCCAGCAUGACAGACAAGGCGGCCUUCGACACGAAUAUUGUCACCCUGACCCGCUUCGUCAUGGAAGAGGGCAGGAAGGCCCGCGGCACGGGCGAGAUGACCCAGCUGCUCAACUCGCUCUGCACCGCGGUCAAAGCCAUCUCCACGGCGGUGCGAAAGGCGGGCAUCGCCAACCUUUAUGGAAUUGCUGGCUCUACCAAUGUGACAGGUGAUCAAGUGAAGAAGCUUGACGUCCUCUCCAAUGACAUGGUCAUUAACGUGUUACGGUCAUCCUUUGCAACCUGUGUGCUUGUGUCAGAAGAAGAUAAACAAGCCAUAAUUGUAGAACCUGAGAAAAGGGGUAAAUAUGUGGUCUGUUUUGAUCCCCUUGAUGGAUCCUCCAACAUCGACUGCCUUGUGUCCAUUGGAACCAUUUUUGGCAUCUACAGAAAGAACUCCACUGAUGAGCCUUCCGAGAAGGACGCCCUGCAGCCCGGCCGCAACCUGGUGGCUGCUGGCUACGCCCUCUACGGCAGUGCCACCAUGCUGGUCCUGGCCAUGGCCUGUGGCGUCAACUGCUUCAUGCUGGACCCGGCCAUUGGAGAGUUCAUCUUAGUGGAUAAGGAUGUGAAGAUCAAAAAGAAAGGGAACAUCUACAGCAUCAAUGAGGGCUACGCCAAGGACUUUGAACCUGCUGUCACCGAGUACAUCCAGAGGAAGAAGUUCCCCCCAGAUAACUCAGCCCCCUACGGCUCCAGGUACGUGGGCUCCAUGGUGGCUGAUGUCCACCGCACCCUGGUCUAUGGAGGGAUCUUUCUGUACCCAGCUAACAAGAAGAGCCCCAAAGGAAAGCUGAGACUACUGUAUGAAGGUAUCCCAAUGGCCUAUGUCAUAGAGAAGGCUGGAGGAUUGGCUACCACUGGGAAGGAAGCUAUACUGGACAUCGUUCCCACUGACAUCCACCAGAGGGCGCCAGUCAUCCUGGGGUCCCCUGAAGACGUGACUGAGUUCUUGGAGAUAUACAAGAAGCAUGCUGCCAAAUGAAGAGCUGACUUUGCCCACACAAAAAAAAAAAAAAAAAAAAAAAAAAAAA